AUGAACAAUUUCACAUCUGGUGCCAUCCCAAAUACCAGAGUCACAAUGAGGCCUAAUCUUACCGCUGGGCUUUUCCUGAACGGUCGAUCUUCGACAUACGGACAAGUUACUGACCUUCCAUUCAAUGAUAUGACUUCUGUUGAAACAUGUGGUGAAGUAGGAAAGGUAGAAGGAGUCCCCCAACAAAGUACAAGUGAGAAUUCUAGUCAUAGUCAAGAUGAGGUUUCAAAUGACGGCCAUACUUCGCUGAACCCUGCGGAACCCCCCAGAGCCACAACAAAUUAUGGAGGGAGAGAAGAAGAAAGCCUUAUGGAUGGUGAUUCCCAAGAAAAUCAACAGAACACCAGUCAAAAGGAGGGGUUUGAGGUUCAAAGUGGCUCCGUAUCAUCGACAGAAACCACCCAAGCAUCUGACUGCGAGACCCCUGAAGCGAUGCUCAAGAGGCUUAUUGAGACAGGCAUCUUCGAUGGCACAGGCAUUUUUAAAACGACUUCACACGGGACUCUGGAGCCAAGUGUUGAAGAUCACGGUUGCCUCGGCAUGAAUGGUACAGAACAAUCAAGUAAAACUCCGACAUAUCAGGAUAAGGGGGUAAUGGCCGACCCCAGCAGGCAGUCAACCCUCGGACCAAACAUACAAACUACCACAAACAUUACACAAUUCGGUCGGAAAGAUGACGCAAAAGAUGCACCAGCGCCAACUAUAGUAUCGCACUCCCAAUAUCAACGGGAAUUACCAGUUCCGAUCUACAGCACCUCUACACAAGUUCAAUCUCCAGUUCUGCCAACGUCGGUAAUUGAGAAUAAUGCACACAAGAUUCCUGAAGAGUCAUGCGUUACACAACCCCAAAGUACGAGGAGUAUCUCUGCUACUAAUAGUCGGAGGCACCCGCUCUCUCAAAUAUCAGAAGGAGGCGAUCAUUAUAUCCGAUGCCUAGAUCAAAACGAUCGGCCAGGGUUUAUGUUUCCAAACCUCAUAGCGCAGGAUUUCAACGUUGAGCACUUAUACCACCGAGCCUCCACAGAACAAACCGAAUCUAAGUUAAUGGACUUGUUCGUUCACCGUGGCUUGCAGUCCCGCAAUAACACGAUACCACUUUCAGAGUCUCCAGGUUUUCAACAUCUACACCAACCACCUAAUGGGCUCAUCGGCAACUCUGGCCUUGACCCGGCCGUCUUCCCAACAGCAUACUCGGAGACUUACUCGGAUGACCGAGAGAUACAGCAUGAUAAGACGCAGCUUAUACAGCCAGACUAUGGCGAAGACGGUGAGACAAUUCAUGAAUUCAUCAAAAGGAUCGAAGGUGAGGUAAGUAUGAAAUGGGACCAUUCGCAGCAAUCUAUUGUUAGUGGCUGCAUUGACGACAUAGAGGAAUGUGACGAAAUCGAGGCGUUCGAAAUGGAGAACAACGAGCAUCUGUUGCAAUGCAGCGAUAUAGAGCGUAAUGCGACAAUCCAGUCGAGCUUCCACGGCAUAUAUUCGAGCUCUAGUCAAGGGCCAGUAUCGGUAAACCAAGCUAUGGCGGAAGAUUGGGGACAGUUGGGUUAUGAACAAAAUCAAUACUGGACGGGAAAAUAUCACGAUGAGCACAAAGUCUCAGAUGCAGAAAUGGUUGGUUUCUGGAGGCCUAAUCGCUGUUAG